AUGCCGCUGCCGCCGCUGCCCAAUAGCCGGAAUGGCCCGCCUCCCAACGCGACCUCGCCGGCCACGCCCAUCCUGACGCCCGCCCAGGUCAUCAGUCUCACCCGCGAGGCCAUGCGACAUGCCCUCGAGAACGAGAGCCAAGCUGUCGACGUCGGCCCUGGCCUUAAGUCGGGCGUCACCAUCGAUCUGAGCCGCAAAGGCAUACAGAAGCUUCCCGAGGAGGUGGUGGAUAUAGUCAAGAACGAGUUGGAACGGCUCGCUCUAUCACACAACCAGCUUUCGUCUCUGCCAGCUCGCUUUGCAGAGUGUGUUUCGCUUCGAUACCUCAACAUCAGAGGCAACCAGAUCAAAGAGUUUCCUUUGCCUCUAUGUGAGCUUAAAUCUCUCGAGAUCCUCGAUCUCGGCCGUAACCAGCUGCGAGUUUUACCGCCCGACAUUGCGAGGCUUUCGUCCCUCAAAGUCCUCUCUAUUCCAAAGAACCAGAUCCGGGAACUGCCCGUUUGCCUGGCCGAGAUGACCUCACUCCAAGUCCUCAAGUUUGAAGGGAACCCUAUCAGCUUUCCCCCACGGGAUGCGCUGCAGAUUCAAUCUCCCAGUCCCUCUGGCGAGGGUUCUGGAAGAGAGGGCGAGGUGACAGAGGUGGCCAUUACGGCGCACAUCAAGAAGUUCAUGAAGCUGCAUCUCAUCAAUGGGCGUGACGCGGAGGCGACUGGCGACGAAUCGAGCGAGGGUACCGAUACACCGCGGAUGCCUCUACGACGCAUGCCAAGCGGUCGAUUUCCCAUCAAAGUGAGCAGCUCUGAUGCAUCGGACAUGCGUGUCCCUAGCGGCGGACCACGUGGUCCGCCUCCCAUCCCGUCACGAUCGCAUUAUCGAGGUCUAUCGCAGCAGAACACGGCCACCCGUCGCCCUGGGGUUCUGCCUCUGACAAUUGGGAACAUUGCCGAGCGCGGACGUAGUAAUUCGGAAACGCUGAUGCACUCGGAGAGAUCAAAUAGCCGUCAGCGCCGCAUGGGCAUACUCGCCAAGAAGGCAACGUCGGACCUGGGCACGCUCGACGAGGUUGAGGGCAGCAACAGAUGGAGCCACUAUCGAGGGCUCAGCCACGGUUCUGCCAUGCAGGGGAACCAAGCCGCGCCAUCCAGGAGCCCAGCCACGCCUACCGACUCUCUCCAGCGUCCAGUCUACGUGCGACGGCUUUCCGUCCUCCCCGAGCGCCGCAGGGAGUCGAAAGUUGUUGAUCCUGUGAUUGAAGCUGCCAAGGGCAUCCUUUAUUCAGUCUUCCAGAUCCACCCCAUGAUCCAGAUGCUCAUGACUCUGACCAACGACGGGUCCGCAAAGCGCUCGAGCCUCGAAAUCGUCUUCUACAACACCAACUCUCACGUCGAGGAGCUGGAGCAGGAGAUCCAGAAGCACGACAUGGCGAUGGCGGAGGACGAGGAGGGACCAUUUGGAGACAAUGCGAAUGUGCACCGCGCCUGUCAGACUCUGGUCGGGGCAUAUGGCCACGUUUGCACCCUCCUGGCCGAUAACAUUGAUACUUUUGUCAACAACGGUGAUGCUCGUUAUAUCCGAACACUCCUGAUGUUGAUCUACAACAGUAUAAUGGAGCUCCGAGUCACUCUCUCGUCCGUGUUUUCGGAUAACACCAAGCAGACCAACGUCCCCGCCCUGGACGCUCCCGACAACAGCAACACCAUUAAGCCCUACUUUCGCGAGGCGGCUGCCGCCGUACCCGCGCCUCAGAAGCCUGCACCCCCCCGAAAUCGCAGCGGCCCCGUCAUGCAUAACCCAAGCAAUCUCAGGGUGGCCACCGACAUACCGGUUCCGUAUAACAACGGUGGUAGUCGCACUGCAAAGCUUGUAUCGGCAACGCCCAGAUCCAACGACUCGUUUGCGUCGUCAUAUGGGCGUGAAGGCGCCGGCCCUGACUUUUCCGAGGAGGAUGCCCAGUUCGACAAGAUAUACCUUGCCCUGCAAAGAUCGACAGACAUUGUCCUCCAUAUCUUGCCCAACUUCCACACUCAAUUGACUGGGGGGAUUCGAAAUGCGAUGCAGCAGCGAGCGCCGAGCGCCAUGAUACGUGACUGGAAAAAUCUCAUUGCCAUGUGCGUCGACGCCAUCCAGCAGACGGAGAUUUUGAAGAAUCGGCUGUCCCUCAUCAAGCUGAAGGACCCCGGAGUGCGGUCUCACGCGGGGUUCUGGAGCCUCUGCAGCAACUUCAUCUCGGCAUGGACAAAGAUGGCCUCCAAGAUUAAAUCGGAGAUCAACACCAUUCCCCUGCCGCCUGACACUAGAGCUCGAUUGCGGCCUGUCCAUCAGAGCAUGAAGGAGACGAGCAUUAUCAUAAUGAACUCGCCCUGGAACUAUAUCUUGAGACCAGCUGGUAGUGCGGUGGUGGACAGGGAUCCUUUGGACCCUGGUGCUCUCUCUCCCACGACACCGCAGGUCCCCAUCACGCCGCAGAGCGCGGCCUUGGGGCCGGCCAUGCAGGCCACCGUUGCCACACCACAGACUGGAUCGUUUGCGGCCGUUUUCCACGGCAAUGUCUUUGAACGCGCGGAGACUCUCAUGACCAACCCGGGCAUCUCCAUGUCUCGCACGGGCACCAUGGCGAAGGGCCACUCUGGCUUCAACUCGCUGUCUUCGGUUUCGUCCAUGUCAUCAGACGGCGUGCCAACGCCAUCCUCGGCUUUCAGUCCCAGUGUGCAAGUGGCAUCCGCGCCAUUUCGGGUCAACGGAGGGAAAGUAGCUAUCUGA